AUGAACAGCACCGAGCAACAGACUCGCUUUAUCCGCCCAAGAGCAAUUGCCAAGAGUGGUGAUGACCACCGUCCCGCGCAAGGCGCCAAAGCCAACCGGAAACAAGGCCAGCAAGGACCCAAGGUCAAAGAGGAGAAAAAUGACAAAGAGAGAGACACACAGAGAGACAAGACAGAGAGAGACACACAGAAAGAGAGAGAGAGAAAAUCAAGAGAGAAAGAGAGACACAAACAGGUGCAAAGCGUGGUGCGGGGUGGUUUGGCAGCAAUCUUCCGAGCGCUUCUCAGGGCCGUCAGGAAGAAUGAAAUUUUGGUUGUCAACGACAAGUUUGUUUUUUACUCCUUUUUCUUGUCUUCUCUCUCUCUCUCUCUCUCUCUCUCUCUCUCUCUCUCUCUCUCUCUCUCUCUUGUCUCUCUCUCUCUCUGUCACGUGUGGUAA